ACCUAAAGUGAUCGUAUAUUGGGCAAAGGUUCGUCUUCUUACAACGGUCAAAAUCACUCUACUAAAGAAACCAACUUCGUGACUGUCAUCUUCCAAUGGAUAAUAGCAGUACUAACAAUCGCCGAUAUCCUCCCGGUAUUGGCAACGGUCGUGGAAGUGGCGGAGUGUACGACGGUGGUGGUGGUGGCAGUUACCAUCCAAACCCUAAUUACUACCAUCAACCUCGAAACCCUACUCAUCAAAAUCAAUGUCAGCAGCAGCGGCCGCAACCACAGUACACGCAGAGGCAGCAGUCCGGACAACAAAACAACACGCAGCAACAGUGGCUAAGACGGAACCCUAAUGCUAAUGCUCCUGGUUCUUCAGCUGCUAAUGUUAAUAACGAAGUUGAAAAAUCCGUAUAUUCAGAUGUCAGUGUUGAUUCAAGCUCUCAAGAAUGGAAGGCACAAUUGAACAUACCUGUAGCAGAUACCCGUUACAGGACUGAGGAUGUGACUGCUACAAAAGGCAAUGAAUUUGAGGACUAUUUUCUGAAAAGGGAGCUACUUAUGGGAAUUUAUGAAAAGGGUUUUGAAAGGCCAUCACCUAUACAGGAAGAAAGCAUCCCUAUUGCAUUGACUGGAAGUGAUAUUCUUGCAAGAGCAAAAAAUGGAACUGGAAAGACAGCAGCCUUCUGCAUCCCAGCUCUUGAAAAGAUCGAUACAGAUAAGAAUAAUAUUCAAGUUGUCAUAUUAGUUCCAACAAGAGAGUUGGCACUUCAAACAUCCCAAGUUUGCAAGGAACUUGGAAAACAUUUAGAAAUUCAAGUGAUGGUGACUACUGGAGGAACAAGUUUGAAAGAUGAUAUUAUGCGAUUAUAUCAACCUGUCCAUUUGCUGGUUGGCACUCCUGGAAGAAUUCUUGAUCUUACCAAGAAGGGAAUAUGCAAUUUGACUGAAUGUGCAAUGCUAGUCAUGGAUGAGGCUGAUAAACUGUUGUCCCCAGAGUUUCAACCUUCAGUGGAACAGCUGAUUGGAUGUCUUCCUGAACAGCGACAAAUUUUGAUGUUUUCAGCCACAUUUCCAGUUACAGUGAAAGAUUUCAGAGAUAGAUACUUGAAAAACCCUUAUGUGGUUAACUUAAUGGAUGAGCUUACUCUUAAAGGUAUCACACAGUUUUAUGCUUUUGUAGAAGAACGACAGAAGGUCCACUGCCUGAAUACACUUUUUUCCAAGCUGCAAAUCAACCAAUCUAUCAUCUUCUGCAACUCUGUGAACCGGGUUGAGCUAUUAGCUAAGAAAAUAACGGAGCUGGGUUACUCCUGCUUCUAUAUUCAUGCUAAAAUGUUGCAAGAUCACAGGAAUCGGGUAUUCCAUGACUUCCGCAAUGGUGCAUGCAGGAACCUUGUUUGUACUGAUUUAUUUACAAGGGGGAUAGAUAUUCAAGCAGUUAAUGUUGUUAUUAACUUCGAUUUUCCCAGGAAUGCUGAAACAUAUCUACACAGGGUGGGUCGUUCUGGAAGGUUUGGGCAUCUUGGGUUGGCUGUGAAUUUGAUAACCUAUGAAGACCGCUUUAACUUGUAUCGGAUUGAGCAGGAGCUUGGAACUGAAAUAAAACAAAUUCCUCCACUAAUUGAUCAAGCCAUUUAUUGCCGUUGA